AUGAAUAUUCUGCGACCAACGUUCUAUAUACUGAGUGCUUGCGGAUAUUGGAGACCGACCAGUUGGUCGACGACAGUAAAAAAAGUGCUUUUUUGUGCUUCUCAAUUUCUGUAUUUGGUACUAAACGUGGAAAGCGCGGACGAGUUUAGCGAAGCCACCUACAUGUUCUUCGCGACUUUUAUAGCUUGUUGCAAAAUCGCCAUGUUUCUUACGUAUCACGAAAACAUCAAAAUGAUGAUAAAUAAGCUUGAAGAGGAGCCCUGCAAGCCAAUGAAUAAGGCUGAGGCAACUAUUCGACGGGAAUACGAUACAAAAAUUGGAUAUGCAUUCAUGAUACAAGAAGAGUUUAAAGUGAUCCUCACUACUCAGCUUGUAACGAGCACCCUGGUGGUGUGUUUUAUUAUGUACCAAAUGUCGGUCACGUCCCCAUCCAACCCGAAAUUUGUGGGAUUUGUCAUAUACAUGGCCUGCAUGAUGACACAGAUUUUUAUAACCGUCAUCUUGCUACUGGUUUACACCGUGACGUUUCUUCAAUUCAUGGACAUAGUGCUGAACGUUCAAAAUCAGGACGAGUUCAGCGAUAAUUUCUAUAUGUUGCUGGCGAUGAUUGUUUCUUGUCACAAACUCUACAGCUUGCUGAAGAGUCGCGACAGCAUCCGUGCUUUGACCAGCAUCCUCGAAAAGGAGCCUUUUCUACCGGGGAACGCCGAGGAAAUUGGGAUUCGGACGAGAUUCGACAAAAGAGCCGAAUCGAUUACCCUUCUGUACGCGGGUCUGGUCGAGGUAACAGUGCUCUCUGUCUCGUGCGCUGCGCUGCUGACAUCCGAUAACAUAGAGCUACCCUAUCGAAUGUGGCUACCUUGCAACUGUUCAUCAACGUACUCGAUGAGCCUCACUUAUACUCAACAAGUUCUAGCAUUGAUAGCUGCAUCGUUGUUGCACGUUGCCUGCGACGGUUUGAUCUGCGGUCUGUUGACCCACACGUACAGCCAGAUGGAGAUACUCGGAUGUCGUCUGAAAACGAUUAAAAGAGGCGAGAAUGAAUUCGCUAGUAUGAUAAACACAGAGUUUCGAAUGGUAAUUUUCGUUCAAUUCGCGGUGAGUACCUUAGAGGUGUGCUUCAACCUGUACCUAUUAACGACUACGAAAAGCGCCAACGCUCAGUAUGUGAAAAUAAUACUGUAUACUUCUUGCAUGCUGACGCAGAUUUUCGUUUAUUGUUGGCACGGGGACGAAGUUAAGUCGAAGAGCCUCGACAUUUCUAACAUGAUUUUUCGAACUGACUGGACGUUCCUCGACAAGAACGCCAAAAGAGUUCUCUUGAUGAUCAUGAGACGCGCGUCAGUGCCCAUAGAAUUUACCAGUAUGCACAUCGUGCCUAUGAAUCUUGAAACUUUCGUGAGCGUACUUAAAACUUCUUACUCAGCGUACAACGUUCUCCAACGAGCUUCAUCGACGUCCUCUUCGAAGAGGAUAGUUUACGACGUUUACGCAAUCGUCGUGUGGCUGAUCGUGUACACCUUUACGCUCGUUCAGGUGUUAGAUUUGAUUAUUAACGUCGACAAUCAGGACGAUUUCACCGACAAUUUCUACGUGACGCUGGCCGCGUGCAAUAUAUGCUUGAAAAUGUGCCACCUCUCGUUCACUCAGAGGAAUCUGAAUUUUUUGAUUAGCACACUGCAGAAGAAGCCCUUCGCUCCGACGAACGCCGAGGAAAUGGAAAUUCGAACGAGAUUCGACAAAGUGACCGAAUUCGCUAGUAUGGUAAACAACCAGUUCAAGGUAAUCACGUUCAGUCAGUCGGUGGUAUGUAUGUGUACGUUGUGUCUUAGUCUUUAUGAAAUAACGCAAAACGACAUGGACUCGAAGAUGAUCGAAUUGCUAUUCUACACGUUCAACACGCUCGUCCAAAUACUUUACUACUGCUGGUACGGAAACGAAGUCAAACUGAAGAGUCUCCAAGUUCCUGACAUGGUAUUCGAAAGUAACUGGAAUUCUUUGGAUAUCAAGACUAGGAAGAUUCUCUUGGUGAUAAUGAUGCGUGCUACGGUGCCCAUCGAGUUCUCUAGCUUUCACAUCGUGACCAUGAAUAUCAACACUUUCAUGACGCUGAUCAAAUCUUCUUACUCAGCGUAUAAUCUGUUCCAAUGAGGAAUACCGAAAAUCAG